AUGCGAGCGCCGGCAGCCGUGCCGACACAGCUCCCGGCCCCGGCGGACGCCUCCCGCGCGCGCUGCCGAGCCUCCGCGCCCCGCCGGCCGGGGCCCAAGACGAUGAUCCCACCGGGAGAGUGCCUGUAUGCCGGGAGGAAACGCAGGAAGCCCGUGCAGAAACAGAGGCCCGCCGUGGGCUCUGAGAAGUCGAACCCUUCCAAGCGGCACCGGGAUCGCCUGAAUGCUGAGCUGGACCACCUGGCCAGCCUGCUGCCACUGCCGCCCGAUACCAUCUCGAAGCUCGACAAGCUUUCCGUCCUGCGUCUCAGCGUCAGCUAUCUCAGGGUGAAGAGCUUCUUCCAAGCCCUGCAGGAGAGGUGCCCAAGGCAGCUGGUGGCUGCUGCCCCAUCGCCGGGAGACCGGGGUCCACGCAGAGGGUCUGCAGGCUCAGCCGUGCUGGAGGGAAGGCUGCUGCUGGAGUCCCUCCACGGCUUCGCUCUGGUGGUGAGCGCGGAAGGGAUGAUCUUCUACGCGUCGGCCACGAUCGUGGACUACCUGGGCUUCCACCAGACGGACGUGAUGCACCAGAAUAUUUAUGACUACAUCCACGUGGAUGACCGCCAGGACUUCCGCCGGCAGCUGCACUGGGCCAUGGACCCUCCUCAGGCAGGGUGCGGGCAGCCCCUGCUCUCAGAGACAGGAGAGGAUGCGGUCCUGGGGAGGCUGCUCCGGGCCCAGGAAGGGGGCGCAGACCCGCCCACUGAGUACUCGGCCUUCCUGACGCGCUCCUUCGUCUGCCGUGUGCGCUGCCUGCUGGACAGCACCUCGGGCUUCCUGACGAUGCAGUUUCAAGGACGACUGAAGUUCCUCUUCGGACAGAACAGGCGGGCACCCUCGGGCGCGGCCCUGCCCCCACGGCUGGCCCUGUUCUGCGUGGCGGCCCCUCUGGCCCUGCCCCCCGGCGUGGAGGUGAGGAUGAAGACCGUGUACCUGAGGGCGAAGCACAGGGCGGACGUCCCGGCCUCAACCGACACAAAAGCAAAAGCUGCCUCACAUCUCUGCGAAUCAGAAUUGCUCGGAAACCCCAAUUACUCAGCAGGGAGAAGCAAUGGAGAAAACGGCCUCUCCUUGUUCAGGGCGCCAGAGGACGCCUGCCGCUGGGGCCGGCUCACAGCCCGGGGCCCCUGCCUAUGCCUCCGGGGAGGCCCUGACCUCAUCCUUGACCUCGAGGGCACCGCAGGGGCCGGGGAAGGAGAGGAGCUCGGGGGGCUCCUGCGGGAUGCGCCCCCGUACAGCUGCCGCCUAGAGCCCCUGGGCCCUGUGAAGCACCCAGACUGGGCGGCUGGGAGGCACAGUCAGGGCAGCGGCAGCACCAAGCGGAAGCUGGAGCCCGGCAAGGCCGACCCGUUGCCCGCCGCCCCGGCCCGUGGCGCCUGCCUGCCCUACCCGGGUGCGCAGGGCGCCGUCCACUCCCUCCAGAGUGCACCCAGCUCGCACCCGCCCAGGCCGCCCCUGGGGGCCUGCGCCGGCCGGACCAGCAGAGCCCUGCGGGACGGGCACCAGGGCCCAGUGCCGCCCCCCACCCCCGGCCCCUUCCCCCAGGGGGGCCUGGACAGCAGGGUCCCUCUGCCGGCAGUCCAGCGUCUCCCGGUGGGCAGCUACCCUGCUGAGGACAAGCUGCGAGGCCUUCUGAUGCCCCCGGGAGCCCCGAGUCACCCCACGUUGUCACUCGACGUGCCCAUCAAGAUGGAGAGUGACUCGGGGUCCGAGGAUGCAGCGGAUGGCUACUGCGUGUCCCCAGCCCAGGUGUGGCUGGGGGCCAGCAACCCGGCCAAGAGACAGCUGGCCACCUUCCCAACCAAGAUGCACCUGAAGACGGAGCCAGGCGCCAGGCAGCCCCUGUACAGCCCACCCCCAGGCCCUGGCCUGCUGGGUGCCCCGCCCAGACCCGGCAGGGGGCUGGCCCCGCUGCACCCCGUGUCCUGUGCCUGCCUGGAGCCCCCGCCCCCACCCCGCCUCUGUGUGCGGAGCCACCAGCCCCCCAACCUGGGCUGCAACUGCCGGGCUCCCGGGCCAGCUCCUACAGUCAAGCUCGAGCCCCUGGACUCGCCCCUGUGGGCAGCUCACGGCCAGGGCGGGCCACCUGGGCUGUUCUCCAAGAGCGCCCCGGCCGCAGGGAUGCCCCCCAGGGACACGCAGUGCGCCUUCCUGCCCUAG